AUGGUAGGUGCAAAGGUUGCAAUAUUGCCAUGGAUGAUUAUUAACACAUGUCAGGCGCAAACACCACAGCAACGUCGAGCAAAUGACCGCUUCGCGAAGACCGAGGCCGCGAAGAGAGGAAAGGCACCAAUCACAGUUAAACCGAAGAAGAACACAAAGUCGCCCCUUUCAGCAAGCUGGGUUGUGUUACUUGCUUUUGUUGUAUGCGGUGGUCUUCUGCUAGAGCUCCUACGAAUUGUCCCUGAUCUCUUGUCCACCGUGAUCUCAUGGUUCACCAAGUUCACAGGAUAA